GGGAAAAAGAGGAAAAAUGGGGAAAAAAAUCCCUGACCCUGCGCCGCCCUGACGUCAGGCGUCUUGCGUCACUUCCUGCGCGGCAUUGUGGGAGGCCGGGGGAAGAAGAUGGCGGCGCGGGGAAAGGGUCGGGCCGGCUGCGGUGUCGGUGAGGAGAAGGAGCGGUGUGGGCCGGGGCGCCCGGCGCCGGAGCUGCUGCUGCACCCGGAGCUGCUCUCGGAGGAGUUCCUGCUGCUCACGCUGGAGCAGAAGAAUAUACUAGUCGAAAAUGAUGUAAAGAUGGACAAAGAUGGUCUCACUGAUCUCUAUAUUCAACAUGCCAUUCCCCUGCCUCAGCGUGACUUACCAAAAAGUAGAUGGGGGAAAAUGAUGGAAAAGAAAAGACAGCAAAAUGAGUCAAAAAGUGAGAAUAAAAGCGUUACAACAGUGGAAGGUUUAAGGAAACGGCCGUUAAUUGUAUUUGACGGCAAUUCAACAAGUACAAGCAUAAAGGUGAAGAAGACAGAGAACGGAGCUGCUGAUCGCCUAAAACCUCCUCCAGCUGGAAGCACCACCAACACUGUUAGAAGAUUAUCAGUUCCUUCAAAUGCCCCAACAUACAUUUCAGCCUCCAGUUUAUCAGAGGACGCUAAGCCAGGAAUGAGGAACAAUGAGGCUAAGCAGAACAAUAUUUCAAAGACUAACAGCAGCGUAUUGGCUAGUCUGAAGGUGUACCCUUUGUCUCCAGUAGCAGGAACUACUGUUGUGAAGCUAAAGAGAGCUGUUCCAAAAGAAGAAUCUGAUUUGCCGAAUGACCUAAAGCCUACAGAAGCAAAGAAGAAAAUCCAGCAUGUUACGUGGCCAUGAAGUAGCUAAUGGUGCUUGAAACAUAAAUGUUACUUCCGUAUUUUCAAACAGAUAAGUCAUAUUUAAACAGUUUAAGUACAACUCUUUUUAAACCUUACAGGGACUUAGAUUGCUGUGAAGUUUUUAACAAGUUUAAAAGUUCCCUGUUGUAAAGCUGGAGUCAUUAUCACCAGUCACCUUAAGAGUGUCUACUCUUGUGCACCAAGUAGUUCAUUACUUCUUUGAAAGGUAGUAAUGUUACAAUAUACUAACCCCCUCACUUUUAGUUUUCAAGAUUAUUAUAGUUCAUCUCCUGCAUGUCCCUAUGAUUCACACAUAUAAAUAUUUUUUUGUUUUGUUUUGUUUCAGUAAGAUUCAGUUUUGUUCCACUCCUGGUUAAAUAGUUAAAAUAGCUAUUGAGAUUCAGAGUGAUCCCAGAAGUCUUCUUGGCUUCAAAAAGGUAAUUAAUUUAGGUAAGAAAACUGACCAUUCUGCUAAUAAGAUAGUCUGAGACAUUUUUUUUUCCUUUUUGUUGCACAAAACAGGAGCGUAGAAUUUACAGUGCGAGUUAGGUUGAUAAUAAGAGAUGAACUAUUUAACAGCAUUACUUCAAAUUGAAGUUUCUCUUAUUGGCAUAUGAAGUAAGAAAUGCACGGAUGGAAGUAUGUUAUUAGACUGUUUGAUAUGAAUCUUUGAGAGGAAGUAGUGAAUGGAUUAGUGCAGUGCCAUGUUUGCUUAAAUACACAGGCAUAUUUUAUACAUGCAUAAGUGUAAAAAUGUGCUGAUGUAACAAAUUUGCUUGUUUUCCUAGUUACAGUCACGCUUAUAAAAUAUGGCGAAAACCUGUAGAAUGCAGGUUAGUGCUUUUUCAACUUAUUAACAGUUGGAGAGGGACAGGGAUAGGAAGACAAAGAAGUAUCUUGAGGGCAUUAGUGUAAGUAGUCACAUUCUCAAAAAAACCCAAACAAACGUACCAGAAUCCAACUUGUUUUCCUUUCCUUUGAGAAUUUAAUAUGGAUGUUGGUUUUCUGUGAAACUUGGUGUUUGGUCUGGAUUAUUGGUAGUGCCUUAGAAGGCAGAGAUCUAGUCAAGUUGCUGGAAAUGUUUUUAUUAAGUCUCAGUGGCUAAGGGUGAAAACCAAUUUAGAUCUAUUUUACAUACGGAUGGUAAAUAAUAAUGCUCCCAGAUUUAGUAAAACAAAACCAAAAUAAACUUCUGAAUCCACGUAGUUAACUCACUAAAAGAAGCUGUCAGUAGUGAUCUGAAAGCUUGUUUACAUUUUUAACAUUGGUUAAUAUUGAAACCAAAAACUGUAGCUUAACUCAUUACCGACAGCUGUUCUCCAUUCACUGUUGUGACAUAAAAGGCACUUCUCGAAUGCUGUAAAAUGGUAAGAAUGUGUAUGUUUUGAAAUACUGUGUGCUGUUUCCCUUUUACUAAACACUUGUGCAGUUUUUGUACUUGAGUAUAGCAAACUCUAACGUAAUGUACAUUUUGUAUGUAAAGAGUUGUCUUUUAAGUAGCCUUAUCCUAUUUAAAUAAAUUCAAUUAAAAGCAAACAAAGUAGUGCUGACUUGUUUUUGUGAUGUAAUUAAGCUUGUUCAUUUUAUAGUUACAUUUCAGUGGACUUGAAGUUAUUAGAACUUAAGAAAAAGCUUAUAGGGUAAAAGGCUCAGUAGCUACUUUGGAGUUUUAGCAGCAGUUAGUAUUGUGUGAAGUGCUGGUCCUUCCACUUCAAGUGUGACAGUCUCGUAGGAGUUCUGUUUUGUGGGUGGCUUCUUGGCGGUGGUUUAAAGUCUAGGCUAUAUUUUGUUGCAGUUUCCGUUGCUAGGAGCAUGUGCGUGUUGGUAUAUGUUAAGGAGUGAUAUGCAGAACUGUACUGGAAUAAUAGCAUGAUGCUGCUAUUGCAUGGUAACAGUCUUGUUUUCAGGCCGGUAUGCUUUCCAGCCUUGUCAUGUUUUACCUACCUUUCCCUGAAGCUGGGACCAUUUUGCCAUCUGUUGUAGCGCCUGGGGGGCAAGGUGCAAGCCAUGCCGCUCUUAGUACCUUCCACUACCCCCUUCUCUCUGCAAAGUACUAGAGCAGAGCUGCAGUGUGCUGGGGAAUUGCCAUACCCCAGAGGAGAAAGUGAGUGAGGUGCUUGCCCUCCUUUGGGAGGUGUGGAUUUAAGAGUGAAUUUUAGGCUUGUUCUUUACUACAGCCUUUGUUAUAGAAUGAAGUCACCAAGGGAUAGAAUUCAGUCAUUCAGUGAGAUCAGAUUAGCACGGUGUGCACUUCAAAAAUGUCAGCCAGCUAAGUUCUUCAAAUGGUGUACAGUAAACCAAAUCUGCUCUGAUGCAUCUAUUUAGCUUGUUAAAUUAGUGAGAGAGGAAUGACCUCUAAUUAGUGUUAAAUUGGUGAGAGAGCAAUUCACACUUGGUACAAAAAGAGACAAAUUCAAGAGUGGUGGCAAGAACUACGAGCAAACGUUCCCUACCCAGUUACACACAGAGUUAAGUAUAUUCCUAAUUUUUCUUUCCACAUCUGAAGAUUCCUGUUGUAAGUGUGACAUAUAUGCUUUCCUCCUUUCGCUGGAUACAAAUGAAUUGCAUCUGGAACGUGUACCAGGACCAUACAUUGCGUAAUAUGGCCAUAUUUCUUGAAGUUUCCUUUGGGAAGUUAUCUUCCUUUAGAUUGUUUCCCUCUUGAUUUUAUUGUCCUGCCAGCAUGCUGUUGCUGACAGUUGCCUUUGCAGCAAACGCGUAGCAGAAAUGAUGCUAGAGCAAAGGGUAUUGUGUAUUACAAUACAGAACAAAAUUAAAGCAUGCUCUAGUAUAGAAGUUAAACUUCUGACUUUCACAAAGAUUAAAUGUAUUUUGUCUUGACCUCCUUGCUUGCUGGGAACAGUAAUAUUUUGGUUUUGAGUUUAGAGCCUAUGAAUACAUUUUUAUCGGCUGCAGUCAGUUCAGUAUUUUCAUAAAGUUGUUCAGUUUUGCUGAUAAUUUUUCCACUGAUUUCAGUUAGUAGAAGACUGCUGU